AUUUCAUUGUGGUAGAUAUAGGGUGGUAGACGGGUCGUUAUAGCGUUGCGAUGGUGCUGAUAGAUGAUGCGGUCGUCGAUAAUAGCAAUUAAGGAGCGAAUUAGCUGGCUCCAUGUCAGUACGAAUUGCUUCUUCGCUAGCACACUCAAUUGUCGCCGUGUUAUGAUCUGGAGAGAGCUGCUUGGCGGAAUGUAAGCGGAGAGCCGCGCGAACGCACCUUAUCAGAAGCAGGGACACGUAAUGGCGAGGGAAUGUGGUUUAGAGCCGAAUGAAUGGAUGCAGGUAUCACUGAAAGAGUGAAGCGAUACUGCUGCAGCGAAAGAAUGUGCGGAGAGGGGGGCGGCGCAAGGUGGGAAGAGGAGCAAGGAAGAAGGGGAGAUGGAUCGGUUUUGCUCAGCGAGGCUGCCUUCAAGGAGCUUAACGGAGCUUAGGCCAACGGUCGUAAAUGACGGUUCUUGCCUUAGCGGGCGAAUCGGAAAUGAGGAAGAAGCUGCCCUGGUCCAAAUUGACCGCUAAACGCGCGCGCUAUCCGAAAGCGGUGCUGGCAAUAACACUGGCGCUGAGGUGACCGCUCCAACGCAUCCUUUUUUUAUAACAGUACGCGCCGACGCCGUCCAGCGACUGUGGCAGGGCGAGGAGACGACGAUGUUUUCGCACCGCGGAAACAACACGCAACAAACAAAUGAACGACAGCGCAGGCAAAGGAGUGUUCGAGUUAGACGGCCCUGCAGGGGAAGCGAGAGACUGACGAGGAUGCAGCGAAUUAGGCUGAUUCGACAAACGAGUGCAC